GUUACAAUUCUGCCAAGAAUAGCUUGCUAGCAACCGCUUGCCUUCUUUAUACUAAUCUAGUUGUUGCUAGUCUUUUGUUAUUGAAAUGCGAUGGAGGGGUCGGAUACAUACCUCAUACGACCUAACCACCAGCACAAGUUUAAAGCGGCCAUUGUGAAGGAGUGUAUUCGUGAAAUAGUGAGGGAGCGCCUGUCUGGAGUGCGGUACGACCCAGAGGAAGCUCCAGAGCUGUCCAGUACCCUGGCAGACAGCAUUAAGGACAAAGUGAAGAAUGCAGGGUUUGACAGAUAUAAGCUUGUUGUGCAGGUGGUCAUUGGAGAACAACGUGGACAGGGAGUCAAGAUGUCUUCAAGAUGUUUGUGGGAUGCUGACACAGACAACUAUGCAGAGGAUGUUUUCAUGAAUGACAACUUGUUUUGUGUGGUGGCAGUUUUUGGAAGCUAUUUCUACUGAGAUGGACAGAGGAAAGGAUGGAUGACAGAGGAUUCUUUCAGAUGAAAAGAUGUGAGGUGAAUAUCCAAAAGAGACUGCACUCCGUCAGCAUUGCAGGUUCAUGGUGUGCUGACUUGAAGUAUAUGUAAUUUCUGCAUCUUGGGAUCAAUACAGAUAACAUCCAGUGUAGAAGUGUUCACCAGGAUUUUGCUGUAUUCAGUAUUUUUAGUACUUUCAGCUGCAAAAACACAUUAAAAGCAACUGAAUGCAAUGCAAAGUGUAUUGCAUCAAAUCAAUUUCGGUGGUAUUUGAGUGCUUGGCUUACCACAGCAGCUACAGUAGAGGUCAGCGUUUGUUUAUGAUUGUCAACAUUAUUACAGGGAAAAUUACUCUAGGCCAACUACAGCAAUUAUACAUUACAUUACACCACUACUACACUACUGCAAUUAUAUAGUAACCAAAUAGGAAAUAGUCAACUAGAAUUGCUGCUUAUCUCUUUAGAUUCUAAUGCCUCUAGUUUGAGUUUGACACAACAAGUUUGUUAUCGUUUGCUG